AAAGCCAGGAAGCUGCAGGGAAAGUUCUGAUUAAAACACACACACAAACAAAAGGCAGGUCCUCACUGUGCUUGGCGAUGUGCUCUGGGGCCGCGGUGCUGCGGGCCGGACCCGGGGCCCAGCUGAGCACACAGUUUGCUCCCAAGCAAGCGUCAAUGACCUCGACGACCGCCAUCGCCCCCCAGGAGGAGAGAGCCGGAACCAGCAGCCUCUGACCCCUCCUGGUGUCCCGACUGACCGGCCACAGAGACAGAGAGCCCCGGGGGACCAGUCUGCUCAGCCAAGGAGCCCUGAGGAGCCGGGGGGGUGGCACCAGUGCCCAGCCUGCCCCGAGAAGGCCCCGGCCAGACCAUGGCAGGUGUCUGUGACAUGGCCCCCAACUUCCUCUCCCCGUCUGGAAACCAGGCCCUGGAGCCUGCCCUGGGCAGUGCGGUCUCCCUGAACUGCACGGCCUGGGUGGUCUCUGGGCCCCACUGUCCCCUGCCCUCAGUCCAGUGGCUGAAAGAUGGGCUGCCGCUGGGCAAUGGAAGCCACUGUGGCCUCCAUGAAGACUCCCGGAUCAAGUCCAACUCAUCAGAGGUGCUUGUGUCCAGUGUUCUGGGGGUCAACCUGACCAGUGCUGAGGACUAUGGGGUCUUCACCUGCUCCAUCCGGAAUGUUAGCUCCUCCUCCUUCACUCUUUGGAGAGCUGGCCCAGCUGGCCACCUGGCCGCAGUGCUGGCCUCACUCCUGGUCCUGCUGGCCCUGCUCCUGGCGGCCCUGCUCUAUGUGAAGUGUCGACUGAAUGUGCUGCUCUGGUACCAAGACGCCUACGGGGAGCUGGAGAUGAACGACGGGAAACUCUACGACGCCUACGUCUCCUACAGCGACAGCCCCGAGGACCGGAAGUUCGUGAACUUCAUCCUGAAGCCACAGCUAGAGCGGCGUCGGGGCUACAAGCUCUUCCUGGAUGACCGCGACCUCCUGCCACGCGCGGAGCCCUCGGCCGAUCUCCUGGUGAACCUGAGCCGCUGUCGACGUCUCAUCGUGGUGCUGUCGGAAGCAUUCCUGGGCCGGGCCUGGUGCAGCCACAGCUUCCGGGAGGGCUUGUGCCGGCUACUGGAGCUCACGCGCAGGCCCAUAUUCAUCACCUUCGAGGGCCAGAAGCGCGACCCCGUGCACCCCGCGCUCCGCCUGCUGCGCCAGCACCGCCACCUGGUGACCCUGCUGCUCUGGAAGCCCGGCUCCGUGGCGCCUUCUUCAGAGUUUUGGAAAGAGCUGCAGCUGGCACUGCCACGGAAGGUGCGGCACAGAGCCAUGGAAGGAGACCCCCAGACCCGGCUGCAGGGUGACAAGGACCCCAUGCUGAUCGUGCAAGGCCACCCACCCGAGGGUCGCACCCUGCACCUGGAGCUGGACCCCGACCCUGAGGGGGACCUGGGUGUCCGAGGGCCUAUCUUUGGGGAGCCAUUAGCUCCACCCCAUGCAAGUGGGGUCGCCCUUGGAGAGGGCCGGGGCAGCGAGGUGGAUGUCUCGGACCUCGGCUCCCGCAACUACAGUGCCCGCACGGACUUCUACUGCCUGGUGUCCGAGGAUGACGUGUAGCCUGCACCCGCCGGAGCGUCAGGAUCACCAAGGACAGCUGGGUGCAGGGUGGGGUGGGGUUUUUCUCCUCUCAGCAGGACUACCAGCCAUGAGACCUUGAGGGAAGUGGGGGGACUCUAGUGUGCCUCCUUGUGCCAGAAAAUAAAGUCCUUUUAGAUCCUGCCUGAGCCUCAGCCUCUCCUCUCCUGGGGCAGGAAGGGGCACGUCCAUCUCAGGGUCUCCACGGCCCUCAGCCCCUCCCCUUCCUCAUCCCCACGGCCACCCAGUCACAGGUCUGGCUGUCCACGCAGUCCCGCCCUCUCUCCAACCUCCAUCCUGAGCCAGCUCAGACACAUCUCUUAACAGUAGCCUCCUUGGGUCUCUCUGUUUGGGGGCGUGACGGUCCCCAGCCCCGCUCUGAUCCACACAGGUCCUGGAGGAGGGGCAGGCCCCUUAGAGUCUGCAGGUUCUGAGCUUUGCAGAAGAAGCCUUUUGUUGUAAAAUGUGAGUGGGAGGGAGCUUCACCACCAAAUGUCCUGGUUUGGUGAGAUGGGUUCCCAGGGCUCAGUCAGACGGUGCAAGUCCCUGGUCAGGACACCCCCAGGUCCAGCGAGGCAGGGCAGAGACAAGUGUUGGGUGUGGACGGCCCAGCAGGGCAGCACCUCAGCCAGGGGAGGUCACAACUCUCCCAGGAGUGGCCACCCCUCUGCACACACGGUCCCCAACACUGCUGCGUUUGUGCCUCGGUCGGCCCCUGGGCUGCCUCUGCUGUCUGCCCUGGUCCCUCCAGUUCUCUCCCCACUGGAUACUCUUGUCCUGGUCCUGGGCAUUCUGACCUGGAGAAGCAUCUGAGUGACUCGGGGUGAGUAUCAUCAGGGGCAGGCGCGGCUAUGCUCAGGGACGCUGCUGAGUCCCUGGCUUGGACCCCCAGGUCGA